AUGAACAAUUGUAUCUAUUUCGGCAUGAGGCCUGGACAACAGCAACGAGAUCUUUGCUGGGGAGAUUUGGAGCUGAAAACUAAUGCCGACGGGCUUCGUUACGUGAAGUUUUCCACCGAGCGCCAAACAAAAACGAGAACUGGUGAAAACACAACAAAUGUCAGAGAAAGCAAGCCAAAGAUGUUCGAAAACCUUGACAAUAAUGAUCGCUGUCCUGUCACAGCCUAUUUGGCCUAUAAGCAACAUAGACCACCAGAAAUGAUGGCAGACGACUCUCCGUUUUAUCUUGCUGUCAACACAGAAGUUCCGAAGGCAGGGAAGAAAUGGUUCAAGGCAGCUCCACUGGGAGUAAAUUAACUUAGAUCUAUGGUGAAAAACAUGUGAGCGGCCUCCCAAGUUCAUUCAGACAAGAAAUUGGUCAACCACAGCACAAGAAAGCAUCUAGUCCACAGGGGCGGAUCCAGGAUUUUUUAUAGGACGGGGUGCACUCGUCUCUUGCUCUACUUCAACACCAAUAAACCACAUAGUUUUUUUUGCAGAAUACCAGUUGUAUUAAAAAACCGCAGGUCAUCUCAGGGCGAGGGGGGGGUGCGCACCCCCUGCACCCUCCCCCUAGAUCCGCCCCUGGUCCAGAAACUUGUGGAUAAUAAUAUUCCACCGAACGAAAUUGUGCAAAUAACUGGACACAAAAACGUCAAUUCACUGAAUAACUACUCCGCUAUUUCUGACAGAAGACAGCAGCACAUCUUUACAGUAUUAUCCAGGAGAGGGGAAUCUUCUACUUCUGUUGCUACUUCGUCUUCGCCAAAAGUAACAGUAGAUGAAUUUACAUCGGUAUCUACAGUUCAACCCAGCACAAGUGCAGGAAUAACUUUGCCCUUUCUUUACCAGUGCCAGGUAGGAACAGUGAACAUUUUCACAAAUUUGCAGAAUCCAAAAGCCAGCGAUUUUGAGAAAACACAUCAGUUUAAAAGACGGAGAAUUGUUAUUGAUAGUAGCGAUGAAAGCCAAUAA